AUGAAACUGGAAGGAAAGAAACUCGUCAAGACAAGCGAUAAGUGGAGAAUCGAAGAACUGUUGCAGUACUUUCGUCUUACGAUCGACUACAGAAUCAUCAAUAGCCAAACGAUCCCACUCGCUGGCGCCAUGCCGUUCCAGUUCCUCGUGUUAGAAAACGUCCGCGGCGCCAAGUACGACCAUACGAAAGGUUUCUGGCAACUACCACUCGAGAAGUACUCACAAGAACUGCUAUCCUUUAUGCUUGGCUACCGCAUCAUGACCCCAACGAGGGUUAUGCAAGGCCAUUGUGACUCGGCGCUAUUUUUCCAGAACACCAUGGUGGAAUGUUUCAAGGACCUACUGUACAAAAACGUCCUAAUUUGGUUCGACGACAUCCUGGUGUGGGCAAACACCAUCGACGAGUAUGUGAGCGUGAUGCGCGCCGUGUUCGAUGUAUGUAUCAAGUUCAGACUGCAAUCAUUGACGCCGACGGAGCGCCGAAACCCUACUAGAAUUCAAGCGCUGUGCAAGUUCCCGUACCCGACCGAUGCAGGUCAGCUGCAGCAAUUCAUCUGCACAGUGAAUUGGAUACGCGACAGUUUGAUUGGCUUUGCCCACACGAUCGACCGACUCCAAAAACGACUCACAGAAGCGUUGAUGUGCCUGUUCACCGACGCCUCCGCAUACGGCUGGUCCAUCGUGGUCAUCCAAGUCCACGAUUACGGCGACGACAUCCCGAUUCAAAACCAACAGCAUCAACUCCUCUACCUGCUGCUACGACCCAAGCGGUUCCUCAUGCAUUGUGACCACAAGAACCUCAUACGCGUCUUCGCGCCCCACGAAGAGCUCAAAGCACACACGCGCGAGAAGCUGAUCCGCUGGGCUGACAUGAUCGGACAGACGGAACAUCAAAAGUACGUGCGCGCGUUGGGCGAAUGGGCAAAGAAGAAAAAACAACCCUGGCAAGUCUACAAGCCGUCGCCACCAAAGCUUCGGUCGCUGGACGACACCGACUUCGUGUGGCCGGACCUCGACGCUAUACGACACGCUCAGGUUCACUCUACAUAUACCAAGCCCAACGGCCAUGAUUACCGCGGGCUCCUCGAAGUCCAUGUCCGAAUUUGGAUACCCGACGACGCCAACGACUUAUUUACGCGGCGCUGCAUCGUCGCGCAUUGUGGCAGCAUGGGCCAUCGCGGACACCAAGCCAUGGCAGCCCACAUGCCGAAAUUAUUCUACAUCCGCGAGCUUGAUGCAAAGCUCACGGCAUGGAUGAAGACGUGCUUGCUGUGCCCGCACACUAGGGACGACUUGACCCACUACUGCCGCCUCAUCCCAUGCGACAGCCCGACAAGCCAAGUUGCCGUCGAAGCCAUCAUGGAAUGGUCGGCGCUAUUUGGAGUCCCAGAAGUUUGGAUCUCAGACGGCGGAAGCUAUUUCAAGAACUCCAUCAUGAAGGAACUUGCUACGCGCCUACGAGCACAGCACAACAUAGUGCUUGCAUACUGCCCAUGGCGUAACGGGACGGUCGAACGAGUCAACCGCGACAUUUUGGGCCUUAUGCGAAUCAUGCCGAGAGAAACAAAACUCAAGGAAACAGAGUGGGAUUAUCUGUUACCGGUUGUACAAGCCAACAUCAACCAAACGCCGGUGGCGACGCUGGACCACACAAGCCCCAUGGAAUGCUUCACAGGCUUGGAGCCGACCACAGCGCUCAACACCAUCGUUGGCAAAGUCAACGUGCGACUAUCAAAGACUAGUUUCCACACGAUCGACUGGAAACAGAAGAAACUACGGCAAGCCGUGGAAGAAGUACGAAGAUCACUACAAGAAGUUCACUCAACAAUCGUCGACAAACAGCACGCCGCCGAAAACAAGCGAAUGCUUGAGAAGACAAAUCAAAACGAAAUAAAGGUCACAGAAGGAGACUUUGUGCUUUGGUCACGAGUGGACGAGAACACACACUACCCCAAGCUACUAGUCACGUGGAUUGGCCACUUCCGAGUCCUCAAGUGCCUGCCCUACUUAUGUGUCAUAGAACACUUGAUUACGGGGGUGCAACGCGAAGCACAUCACUCACGACUCAAGUUCUACGCGAAAAGCCACUUUCAUGUUACUGAAGAAAUUAUCGACCACGUCAGUGAGCAAGGGACCAUACUGGUUGUUGACCAAAUCGAAGACGCAAGGCGCAACCCCGGUUCUAACCAGUGGGAAUUACUAAUCCGAUGGAAAGUCCUAGAGAGCCUCGAAGCAAGCUGGGAACAGCUCUCGGCGAUGCACCAGGAGAUCCCAUCCUUGGUGCAGUCGUUUGCCGACCAAUUGCCAAACGGCGCUCAACGCGAAGAGCUGGUCGAGGCCCUAGAACGGUUGUAG